AUGGCUAUGAUCCCACCUUCCCCUCCCAAGUCUGCACUCGGCAGACACCGUCUUCUCUCUCCCAAUGCCUCUGUGCGCGUCAGCCCUCUAUGUUUGGGGGGCAUGAGUAAGCCAUUCGGCUUUGGCACAAACUGGGGCAUGGGUCUCGGCGAAUGCACCAAAGAAAUGGCCUACGAACUUUUAGAUACUUUCUACUAUCUCGACGGAAAUUUUGUUGACACUGCCAAUACCUACCAGGGUAGCCAGAGCGAGGAAUGGAUUGGUGAUUGGAUGAAGGAUCGCGGUCGUCAUAAUGAAAUGAUUAUUGCGACAAAGUACGCCAUGACUCCUAUGGCGGGAAAGUCUGUGAAUCAGAGCAAUUACGGAGGCACUGGAAAUAAGUGUAUGCACAUUUCGAUUGAAGCCAGUCUCAAAGCAAUGAAUACGGAUUAUAUCGAUAUUUACUACGUCCAUGCAUGGGACUACGCAAGUUCUAUCCUAGAAUUGAUGCAAUCUCUCAAUGCGCUUGUCAUUCAUGGCAAAGUCCUUUACCUUGGUAUCUCCGACGCACCAGCCUGGUUCGUCACCAAAGCCAACGCCUACGCUCGUCACCACGGCCUGCGUACCUUUAGCGUAUACCAGGGCCGCUACUCCGCUCAACAGCGUGACAUGGAACGGGAAAUUAUUCCCAUGGCUCGCGAAGAAGGAAUGGCCAUUCUGGCCUUUGGUGUUUUAGUUAAUGGGUACUUCAAGACACUAGGUAGCGAGGGUGCUGGUGCCCGUCGGAUACCACCUACCAUAUUGAUUGGACGCGAGCAACAAGUUUCUCAGGUCCUUGAUAACGUUGCGAAGAGGCACAAUGUGCCCCUUACCAGCGUUACGCUGGCGUACGCUAUGCAAAAGACACCUUACUUCUACCCGAUCAUUGGAGGACGCAAAGUUGAGCAUCUGAAGGCUAAUAUCGAGGCGUUAAAACUCCGUCUUACGCCCGAAGACGUUGCUGAGAUUGAGACAGGCUAUAAUUUUGAUAUUGGCUUUACACACAAUUUCAUCAAUACGGCACACCAUAUGAUCGAGGGACCGCAGCAUGUUACUAUCUUGCAUGAUUUGGGGUACUUUGAUUAUGUUGCCCCCCCCUGCUGCGAUUAA